ACAAAAAGAAUAUUAUUCUGUCGCACACCCACCUACAGACUUUAGCAUUAUUAUCGCCUAUCGCCAUUCGCCGCUGCCUCGCGACAGUUUUUUGCUUUACGUUUACGUUCUUCGCCACUCGCCUUCCCGCGACCAGUUUGCCGCCGCCGAUUGCCGCGCGCACAGUCUGAAUUUUGAUAGUUCUUCUUUUUUGAUCGCGAUCUAAUAAAAAAAAAAACCGCAACUCGGUGAAAGGAAAUUUUUAAACAUACUACAGCCCCCCCCUGAAGCUCAUAGCUGACACCUAUCAAUUACGCUAUAACUAUAAAUAUUAUUAUUGCUAAUACUACCUAACUUCUGUUGAUCUAAAUAGUACUUAGAAUUUACAAUUCGUGUUUUUGUUAUUUAACACCGCUCGUUACAAGUGUGAUACAGACUGGUUUUCGAUUUUUAUUAUGAUAUAACGACGACGACGACAUCGGAAGGAGUAAUAACAGGCAGAACAGGACAGAAUAUUCGAAGGGAAAAAUCCGUUUGCAGCUCUCGUCUAGUGUAGUGUUAAUUAGUGAUAAAUUAUCAAAAUGCCAGCUUCUGGUCCAGUAUACCAACCAACUACAGUCAGUUAUGAACAACAAAGUGAAUGGUCACAGCCAUCAAAUGGCUUAAUCAGUCGUACCCUGAAUCACAUCCGUAACCCAAGGUGGUUCCACUGGUCAUUCAUCCUGAUCAGUUGGAUACUAAUUGCCAUUGGUGUAUUUUUGUUCCUAUCCAUUACCACAAGCUUUGUGAACUCAGAUAGUAUAAAGGACAAUUAUACAGAAGAUAUAGCAUUCUUGGUUAUUGGCUCUUUCUGUUUUGUAUUCGGUGUUGUCCUAUUAAUAGGUUAUUUCCGAUACAUUAAGGACAAGGAGAGUUGCCCUUGUUUCAAUAGCAAAGCUCGACAAAUGGAAUCUCAGUCUUCCAAUGGACAAGUACUCACAUUGAAUCCAUCUACAGACCUCUUGAUGGCAUCUGCGCAGUACGGACCAACAUCAGAAGCUCCGCCCACAAUUAUUGAAGAAGAUGAAACUAGGAAAUUAAUGGGAAACGAUAACAAAGAUUGCAAUGACGAAAGAGACCACAUGUUAGUAACAAGCAACCCGCCGGUAGCGGCACUCCGCACGCAUGUACCAAGCGGAGUCUCGCCGCUUUCCGGUGAAGAUGCUUGACUUGAGGCGAAUUUCACUGAUUCUUUAUCAGGCAUCAAUGACUAUUAUCACAAUAGGUGCGACAAUCCCACACUUCACAAUCACUUCUAUUCUCCACAAACACCUGUCCACAACAAAGCACAACUACACAGCAACUGGACGGCACCACUUGCAUUACACGACGACCUGACACCAUCCAUAUCUUCAUCGGUUUAUAGUAUGGAUCAGGUAAAAUAACAAAAAUUCAACAUUUCAUAAUUUAUUUUAAAUUGCCAAACAAAUUAUAA